AUAAUUUGUAUAAGUCAUAUUUAAUCAUUUGACAUAAACUAUAGUCAGCAAAAAAGUGUUUAAAAUAAAAUUAUAUAGUCUAAAAGUGAAAUGGCUGGCAAAAGCACUGACCGUAAGGGUAAAUCAAAGGAGCAGAAGAUAGCUAGUGAACUGAACGACAAUCUAGCUGCUUUUACAUUGCCUGACAGUCUGCCUUGUUCCGAAGUCGACUUCCCAGUGCUCAUAAAGAGAAGGCCCAGAGCUAACUGGAAAGAAAUUGUAGAAGAAAGUAACAAGUGGCACAAACAAGUAGAUGAAUACGCAGAGUCCAAAAAAGAGCCAAUCCCGAAACCACCUUUUCUUAAAACUGAAAACGAUUACAUAAAGAAUCAAGUAUUUGUUCAAUUAAUACCAGCUUUAGUGGAAACUCUACGCAAAGCCAAAGUAUGGCAAGCUCUUAACAGACAGAGGUGUUUCUUUAACGGCAUCGAUCAUAUAGUACAGGUUUUAUGGAAUAACAAUCCUCGGCAUCCUGGACGCAAGGAGAAUAAUUUACAUUUAUUUAACAUGCCCUGGGUCAGAUCUAAACUUAAAACUAAUCCACGACCGUACUACCCUAAGUCUUGGCUCUGGCCUGAGGAAUACGCAGCAACGCUUAUACAGAAGACAGUUAGGCAGUACUUCGUGCAAAGAAAUGAGGAAGUUCAGGAAAUGCGAGAAUUCUGGAAGAAAUUGGAAAUGGAACGAAAUAUUCCAGAUAUGGAAAUGAACCCAUUUUUGGCCAAAGCAUUUGCUUCGACCGCACAUAUGCACAAGAAAUAAGUGCAGUGUUUGGGUACUUUUAUAAUGUCCGUAUUAUAUGUCCGUAUUGAUAAUCUAAAUAAGAGUGGUAGGUUCUUAUUGUCCUAUAUAUUUUAUUAUUACUUUAUUUUAAGUACUAGUACUAGUCUUAGCAACAUUCGUCCAGUACGCGCAAUACGAGACAUAGGUAUGCGUUCUGCAGUAAAGAUACCUGUCGUAUGUUUUGAAAUACUUCGCGUACAAUACUGACUUAUGGUAAAAUUAUAAGCCUUUCUGUUUUUUCAUAAUACAUUGUCUCCAUUGAAUUUCAUUAGGAAUCAUGAUAGAUACUAAUUGCAGAAAACAGAAUUUUACUGGUUGGCAUUAUUGUUGUUUGAGAUCUUAAUUAUUUUUUUAAAGGUAUUGUAUGUUUAUGAUUAAAUAUUUAAAUGCUAUUAUAGAAGUGUUUU